CAUUUCCGGAAUCCCCUUUGGUGAAAGUGACUUUCCGCCAUGGGAAUCAUCUCGGCUGCGCGACGCGCCUCGCUUGGUCUUUUCGUGCCGGGCCGAGGCUUCCUUCGCGCCUUCGGCUCGGCGGCACAGCAAUCCGGCGCCAUGAAAAAGGGGGCCCUCCACUCUGCGCAUGACACCCCGAGGCAGCCCCAGCCCCACCGCCGGGAGCGCUCGGAUGACCCGAUCCAGCGUCCGGGCUACCAAGGGCCGAUGGGCGCCGCAGCGGAGACCCAGUCCCGGUCACAUGGCAGCCAACCCGGGGGAGCCCCAAUCGGGGUCUCGCGCCAUUCUGGCUCGCAGUCGGCCCAAAGCGAUCCAAAGCCGAGCGGCACGCACGGGGAGCAUGGUCUUCGGGAUGAACAGGAUCGACUGCCGGCUGGCCCUGCGGGGCGCGUCAGCGAAUCGACAUAGAACACCCCCAAGCCGGGGGCGUCGCAAUGCCGAUGGCCGAAGGAGCUUCCUCCGUCAGUGAGAGAGAGAGAGCCAGGGAUCUGCUCCUGGGGUCUGUCCCGGCAUUCGGGGGCGCCGCCGGAAAUCAACAGGUUCCUCCAUUCGUGGAGGAGAGUCUUGGUCGCCAUCAAGAGUUGACGUUGCCGAAUGUGAGCCGGGCGUGCAGGUAUCUUGGAGGAUGAAAAGGAUGGGCAUUCGCACGCUUUCGGUGGAUGGCGCUCAUCGGAGGGAGGUAGCUGUGCACCCAUCGCCGCUGGGCCAUAUCGACAUCCGGCCCGCACGCUCCUUCCACAGGGGGGAUCAGCCAAUCCUGGAACCGGGCGAAGCAUGCGCGACGCACGGCGAUCUGAUGUUGACGUGUCAUUGCGG